UUGUCAGCUUGCCCUGGAGGAGCUGUGGGAUGCUGCUGAACACACCCUUUGCAUUUCGCUGUCAGCGUUAACCAACAAGCUGAAGAACACCAAAACCUUCACCAAAUAUGUGGCGUAGUACCGGUUGACCGCAUCUGCUUGAGGGAACUGUGAUGGCAGGGUCAAAGAUGUCUGUGCCGCUGGCUGUAGUGUUGGUCCUCUCAGUGCUGCUGACAGGAGCAACCUAUGCUGGGCCUGAGAUGGACCCAUACAAAAUCUUAGGAGUAACCAGGAGUGCAAGCCAGGCUGAGAUCAAGAAGGUCUAUAAGCGUCUUGCAAAAGAAUGGCAUCCAGACAAAAACAAAAAUCCAGGUGCUGAGGACAUGUUUAUCAAGAUUACCAAAUCUUAUGAGAUCCUGUCCAAUGAGGACAAACGUGCCAAUUAUGACCGUUACGGGCAGACUGAUGACACCCAGCCAUACGGCAACGGGCGCUAUGGUCAUCGUCACGACAGCUUUUACUUCGAUGAGUCCUUCUUCAACUUCCCCUUCAACAGCAAGAAUCACAGGGACUUUGCUGACAGCAAGUACAUAUUGCACUUUAACCAGUAUGUCAACGACGUGGUGCCUGACAGCUACAAGAGACCAUACCUGAUAAAGAUCACCUCGGACUGGUGCUUCAGCUGCAUCCACAUCGAGCCCGUCUGGAAAGAGGUGGUGCAGGAGAUGGAGACUCUAGGCGUCGGAAUAGGUGUGGUGGACGUUGGCUAUGAGAGACGGUUAGCCAAUCACCUCGGUGCUCAUCGCACCCCAUCAAUACUUGGAGUCAUCAAUGGCAAAGUGACGUUUUUUCAUUACGCUGUAGCAAAGGAGCACCUGAGGCAGUUCGUAGAAGACCUUCUUCCUCAGAGACUUGUGGAGCGGGUCACAGACAAGAAUGACCUGCAGUUCUUGAAUAGCUGGCAUGAGCUCAACAAGCCACAUGUGCUUCUGUUCGACCAAGUGCCUGUGGUUCCUCUGCUAUACAAGCUGACAGCUUUUGCUUAUAAGGAUUACUUGCAGUUUGGCUAUGUGGACCAGGGCCUUGCAGAGACUGCCAAUCUGCAGAAACAGUUCAAUAUUAACACUUACGCUCCGACCAUGCUGGUCUUCAAAGAGAACAUUGACAAGCCUGCUGACAUUAUACAGGCUAAAGGAAUGAAAAAGCAAAUUAUUGAUGAGUUCAUGUCAAACAACAAAUUUCUCCUUGUGCCACGGCUGGUCAAUCAGAAGCUCUUUGAUGAGCUCUGUCCUGUCAAACAGUUCCAUAGACGCAGGAAAUACUGUGUCCUGCUGAUCACAGGUGACGAAGAGACCUUUUCCUUUGCAAACCAGGUGUUUCUUUCAUUUGCCUCUACUACUACCAAGGAAGUUGUGAGGUUUGCCUAUGUGUACCAGCGGCUACAGCAACCUCUUUGUGACAUCCUCAUGCAGAACAAGGACCGUACACAGUCACCACCACAGGUGGUGAUCCUGGAGAGGCGUAACGCUGCAGGGAAGGCCUUGUUCAAGCCUGUGACGGCCUGGAACGGCAGUGAGGAAGACAAGCAGCGUCUUCUGGAGGAGCUGGAGCGACUUCAGAAGGACCCGUCCAUCCUCAUCCAUGACGCUGUGCUGCCUGAGCUCAACAACGAGUUCGCCUCUAUGUUUGUAAUCCGAUGGAUCUAUGCAUCUUACGAUUACCUCUCUGAAGUCAUCGAUGAUAUUCUGCAUAACAACUGGCGUGAGAUGAUGCCUCUUCUGUCCCUCAUCUUCUCUGCCUUGUUCAUCUUGUUUGGAACUGUGGUCAUCCAGGCCUUCAGUGACUCAAGUGAAGAUAAGCAGACAAAACCAAAGGCAAAAGAUGGAACAAAAGCAGAAAAUGGGUCACCAGGGACCGGUAGUACUUCAAGUCGGCCUCCCAAGAAGAAUUUUGUGGAGGUGACAGAGCUGACAGAUAUCACUUACAUGAGCAACCUGGUGAAGCUGAGGCCGGGACACAUGAACAUAGUGCUGGUGCUCACUGACGCCUCCAAGAACAUCCUCCUUAGCAAGUUUGCCAAAGAGGUCUACUCCUUCACAGGGAGCCUGACGCUGCAUUUCUCCUUCCUGAAUAUUGACAAGCACAGCGAGUGGAUGAACACACUGCUGGAAUACGCCCAGGACGCUACGCAGAUUGAUGCAGAUGAGGAUGACAGGGGUCACCACAAGAUAGACUACACCGGCUACGUGCUGGCACUUAACGGACACAAAAAGUACCUUUGUCUGUUUAAGCCCGUCUACACUGGGGAAGACCUUGACAGUAAGUCAUCUGAGGAUGAAGGGGGCAUUUCAGGGGGGAGGUCGAGGUCCAGUUUGCGUGAUGACCAUCCACAGCGCAAAUCCAACCGAUCCCGCAGCAUAUCCACCCUGCAAAUCCACCACAAACUGGACCGCCUGGGCUUGUGGAUGGAAAGGCUCAUGGAAGGCACUUUGCCUCGCUACUACAUUCCCACCUGGCCAGGACUAGACAAGAUCACCCCCAGUAAAUAGAUCGAGGCGAGUUAGAAAGGACUUAGUACAUAUCUACUGUCACACUCCUCUCGUGUUCUGCUAAAAUUAGGCUAGAGCUGCCUUUUUUGCACUUGAGAUAUUUAAUAGUUACAGAUGUCUUUAAAGUUGAGUCAAUAUUACAAACUUGGCUUCAGUGCAACUACUGUGGGACAGGUCCUUUAGUGUACCCCUCUUACACUCAUCGCAUGCUGUUUUUAACUGUUGGUUGUCAUAUUUUAUUCAGGCAAAUGCUGCUGUGACAGCCUUGUGAACAGAAAACAGAAAAAUCACUGUGGCCAUUUGUACUCUCCUGCUGUCAUGACCAUCAGUCAUAUUCACACACACUAAAGGAGGCAGGAUAAUUACCUUCGUCUUCAUUGAUGAAUACUGUGAACAGAGAUGCAUGUGUCUAACACUAAAUGUCUUUUUUAUGCAUCUCAGCCCAAUUGUUUUUUCAGUUAUAGAUUAUCUCCUGAAUUCUGACUCGCUUGUGCAAUAUAGCGUGCUGCUAUAAUGACAAUGCCUUUUACCCUGGACCUCAAAGGUUUCUCCAUGUUCGUCCUGAUCAUGUGAUUGCAUAAGAAGAAAGGCAGAUGGAAACUGUUGGGGUUGUGGUUUAAAAUGUACUUCACUACAAGCAAGACUUAUUUAGCAGCCUUGGUUUAUGUAACAACCUCAGUCAGCCAGUAGCUUUAUGUAGCAAACAUAAUGAACAGGCUGUCCCCUUUCAUUUUCUGAAUGUCCAAAUGUGCACAAUUGUCGAUGUCAUCUUGAACUUGAACUUAGUGUGUGCUUGCUUGUUUUGUCAACAUUAAGUGUAAAAAUAUAAUUUUGUUAUGUGAUGUAAAUAUUGUACAGAAUCAUAUUAUCUAUAGGACCUGUGUGUAAUUAGAAAGAUAAGAUGAAUGUUUUACAUGGAUCUAUCAAAAUGCUGUAGUAAUGGUUUUUUUUUUCAUUUCUUUUACAAGUAAAAAAUGAUGUCUGCUACUGUCAGAUAUUUCAGUUGGUCUUCAAUAAUGCAUUUAUCCUCUUGUUGGUUGUAAUAAAAUGCUUUAUGUUUGUUAA